UACUCGAGUCAUUAAAAUUUAAAGAUCUCCUACAAUGUUCAGUAUGUUGAUAUCGCUAAGUUUAAGUGGCUGAUAUGUCGGGAUAGUAAUCCAUGUAAUUUUUCUAAACUUCAUAAAUUUACUGUCAACUACUUAGAAUGGAAGAUACAGCGAGUACUACCACUUCUCUUGAUGAUAAAACAGACGACUAUGGGGAUUCGACAACGAGAGAUGCAUUAGCAGAUGGUUUAAUGGAAUUAUUACGUCCGUCUGUAGAGCAGUUAGAUGAUCAUGUUAGGCUUACUCUAAUAAGUCAAAAAGAAUUACGACAACAGAUAGAAAGUUUAUCAGAAGAACUCCGACAGAUAUCUGAAACUUACAACUCAAUGUUUGAUCUUGAUGUUUACGUGAAGAAGCUUAUGAAUGCUAAGCGCAGAGUAAUGUUAGUUAAUAAUAUUUUACAGAAUGCACAGGAGCGUUUAAAUAGACUGCAUCAGAGUAUUGCCCGAGAAACAGCUAAAAGAAAAGCCCUUCUUGAAACCAGUCCUACUACUGCUCAGCCUUCAUCAUGAAAGAAAUCUGAAAGAUAUAUUCUGUAAAUGCUAACUUUUCUUGAAAGUAAUUGAUCAGAGAGAAUUGUGGUUUUAUUUAAUUGCAGUGUGAAAUAAUAUAUUUAUGGAAUGCAGUAAUCUGUAUUAGCUCAAUGUUGAAUGCAUUCCAUAACUGUUACAGUGUUUUCUUAAUGUGUUAAUUGUUUAAAAAAAAGUUAGGUGAAUGUAACAUUUUAUAUUUUUUGCUUUUGGCAGUCAAAUACUGCAAGUAUCAAACUGUGCAGUAUUUGACUGCAAGAAGCAAAAUUUCAUAAAAUAAUAAGAAAAAGUUAUUUAUUUAUUAAUUAAGCUUAAAGAGAAAUUUAAUUAAUUGAAAAGUUAUGGAAUCAUAUACAGUAGAACCUAUUUAUCUGAUGUAACUGAAAUGGAGUAAUUUAAAUAAGCCAUAGUACAAUUUCUUUUUUUUUUUUCUGAUAACGUAGGAUCAAAUUUAACAUAAAAUGGAUAUCACUUAUUUUUGUUUAUAUCAUUUUGUUUUUGAAUGAAUUUAAAAUUAAAUUAAAUAAACUUUGAAA